AUGUCUACGCCACGCGUGCUCAUCCUCGGCGGGCACGGCAAAGUCUCUCUCUUCCUCCAACCCCUCCUCCUCGCCAAGAAAUGGUCCGUCACCAGCGUGGUCCGCAACCCGGCGCACGAGGUCGAGAUCCUGGCGCUCGGCAAGGACAAGCCCGGCAAGAUCGAGGUGUUGGUGGACAGUCUCGACGACGUCAAGGAGGUUAGUGAUGCGCAGCGCGUGUUGGACAAGGUCAAGCCGGAUAUCGUCGUGUGGAGUGCUGGCGCCGGCGGCAAGGGCGGACCGGAAAGGACAAAGGCCGUUGACAUGGUCGCCGCAAAGUGCUACAUCUCAGCAUCGCUGGCCAUGCCGGGCGUCAAGAAGUUCCUGAUGGUGUCAUACCACGCGUCUCGCAAGGGUUAUCCGCCAUGGUGGACCGAGGAAGACCGGAAAGCCGCGGACAACAUCAACCAAAACGUCCUACCGCACUACUUCCAGGCAAAAGUAGAGGCGGACGAGCACCUCGAAGCCCUCGCGAAGAAGAGACGGGACGGCGGCGACCAAGAGUUUCAAGCCAUCAACUUGAGACCAGGCACUUUGACGGACAGGCCAGGCACGGGCAAGGUGACGCUAGGCAAGACGUCGAUAACUGGGAAUGUACCGCGCGAGGAUGUCGCCAAGGUGGCCGCGGCGCUGUUGGAUCGGAACGAUACGCGAGGCUGGUUUGAUCUGCUGGAGGGCGACGUCCCCAUCGAAGAAGCAAUCGACAGCCUCGUCAAGAGCGGGCACAACGGUCUGGAAGGAGAAGACAUGCAACGGAUUUGGGCCAGAGAUACAUCUCUAUAA